UCCGCCCGCCCGCCGCGGCGUGUGUCAGCCGGCCAUGGAGCGGCCGCCGCCAGCCGCCGCCGCCGGCCCCCGGGCAGCACCGGCCGCGCCAGCGCCACCACCACCGGCACCCAGGGGAGGCGGCAGCGGCGGCGAGCCCGCCGGCAGCGCCUGGCGCCGCUGGGCGCAGUGACAGCGCCCCCCGGCUCCCCAGCCCCGGCCCCGCCGGCCCCCGCCUCCCGCCGCCGCCGCCGCCGCCUGCGAUGCUCAGUCAUGAAACGUGUACGCACAGAACAGAUUCAGAUGGCAGUGUCCUGCUACCUCAAGCGCCGUCAGUAUGUGGACUCAGAAGGUCCCCUAAAACAAGGGCUGAGGCUGUGUCAGACUGCUGAAGAGAUGGCAGCUAAUCUCACAGUCCAAUCUGAAUCUGGUUGCGCCAACGUUGUGUCUGCAGCUCCCUGCCUGGCGGAGCCACAGCAAUAUGAAGUACAAUUUGGACGAUUACGCAAUUUUCUAACAGAUUCAGAUUCUCAGCACAGCCAUGAAGUGAUGCCUCUUCUGUAUCCCCUUUUCGUCUACCUCCAUCUGAACAUGGUCCAGAAUGGCCUAAAAAGCACAGUGGACAGUUUUUACAGCCGCUUCCAUGGCAUGUUCUUGCAGAAUGCCAGCCAGAAGGAUAUCAUUGAGCAGUUGCAGACUACCAUGACUAUUCAAGAUAUCCUGUCCAACUUGAAGCUCCGGGCUUUUCUGGACAACAAGUACGUCAUCCGCCUUCAAGAGGACAGCUACAACUACCUUCUUCGCUACCUCCAAAGUGACAACAACAACGCCCUGUGCAAAGUCCUGACCUUGCACAUUCACCUGGAUGUGCAGCCCGCCAAGAGGACUGACUACCAGCUCUACGCCGGUGGGAGCUCCUCACGCAACGAGAGCAACGGCCUGGAACCCAGCGAUGUGCCGGCUUCCAUUCUGCAGAACGAGGCGGCACUGGAUUUACUGCAGGACAGCAUUAAACGUGUCAAGGACGGGCCCCCUUCCUUAACAACCAUCUGUUUCUAUGCCUUCUAUAACACAGAGCAGUUGCUGAACACUGCAGAGAUUUCACCAAAUAGCAAGCUGCUCGCUGCUGGGUUCGAUAAUUCGUGUGUGAAGCUGUGGAGCCUGCGUUCCAGGAAGUUAAAAUCUGAGCCCCACCUCGUUGAUGUGUCCCGCAUCCGUCUGGCUUGUGACAUCCUGGAUGAGGAGGUCUGGAUACCCAUCCCCCCCCCCCCUACCCUUUCUGCCAAGGAGGAAGAGGACGACAGUGCAGGCACAGAAAUGAAGAUCCUGAGAGGACACUGUGGACCCGUGUAUAGCACGAGGUUCCUUUCAGACAGUUCGGGACUCUUAUCGUGUUCUGAGGACAUGUCCAUCAGAUACUGGGACCUCAGAAGUUUUACAAACACUGUGUUGUACCAAGGACAUGCCUAUCCUGUCUGGGAUUUGGAUAUUAGCCCCUGCAGCCUGUACUUUGCCAGUGGUUCCCACGAUCGCACUGCAAGGCUCUGGUCAUUUGAUCGGACGUACCCGCUGCGAAUAUACGCAGGCCAUUUGGCGGACGUAGACUGUGUGAAGUUCCACCCCAAUUCCAACUACUUAGCGACGGGCUCCACAGACAAAACUGUGCGCUUGUGGAGCACUCAGCAAGGCAACUCGGUGCGUCUUUUCACCGGGCACCGUGGCCCCGUACUCGCGCUUGCGUUUUCUCCCAACGGUAAGUACCUGGCAUCAGCAGGUGAAGACCAGCGGCUAAAGCUGUGGGACUUGGCAUCAGGAACUCUUUACAAAGAACUGAGGGGCCACACGGACAACAUAACCAGCCUUACUUUUAGCCCUGACAGUAGUUUAAUUGCUUCAGCGUCGAUGGACAAUUCAGUCCGGGUCUGGGACAUUCGGAACACUUACUGCAACGCCCCUGCAGAUGGGUCUUCCAGUGAACUGGUUGGUGUAUAUACCGGACAAAUGAAUAAUGUACUGAGCGUACAGUUUAUGGCCUGUAAUCUUCUUCUAGUGACUGGAAUUGCACAAGAAAAUCAGGAACUUUAAUUUUUUUUUUUUUUUUCUUAGGGAAGUGGGUGGGUGUAUUGAACGCCAGAGUCCAUUGCAAGCUGAGAGUACUGACUGUGAAACACUUUUCUUCCUCUGCCCCCUUGAAAGGCACGUUCAUUCAGAGUGAUGCAAAUGCUUUAAAAUGUCUUGCCCACAAAAAGGCCUGUGCUGUUGAACGGAGUAAGGAAAAAAGGAGGAGUGAUGAAAAUGCAUAUACAUUCUAAUCUUGUACUUGUAGGGAUGGGGAAAAGGGGAGUAAAUCCAGUAGCUUGGGGAAACCAAAAGCCUGGUCCAGACAAGUGAAACUGCCAACCAGAUAAGCUGCUGACCUGCACUUAAAUAUCCUGCGUUGAUUGAUGGGCACAUCUUACCUACUGUUAACUGAGGCUUGAGUGUGUGGAGAACUACUGGCCCGGUGUUUUUUGUUUUGUUUUGCUUUUGUUUUCCUGUUAUUGCAGAGGACCAGCAUUUUAAGACCCUUCUAUUAAAAGAACAUUAUGUAUUUUCUACAGUGAUAGUGGUCCUAAAUAUUACAGCUCCCUGUAGCACUUCUGGAAUAUUUUGGACUAGCUAAGUAGAAAAUACCAUCUUUCUUUUUAGUAAGGGGAUCGAAAUCUGACCUCAGUUGGGGCCCAUCUCUGCAUUGUCACUUGGGUUUGGUUCCUGGUACUAGCUGUGAUAUUUGUAUUUAUGUUCCAUUUAUUAGGAAUCUUUCUGAAUCUGGUUGCACUGUGUUUUGAGGAUGGGAGGACAGUGGGGGUAGAGCGGUGGCUUUAAGGGUAAUAAACGACUUGCCUUGUCUGGAGGGAGGGCACUAUAGAACUGAAGUGGCUAAGUUUGGACUCCUGAUGGAAACGGGGCAUGUCGGUCCACCACUGCACCUCACAGAAAUAUUUCCGUAAAUGGAAGUUGGCAGUCUAGGGAGAGGGGAAGGGGGAGAGAGACAAACACAAAGUGACAUGGGAAAAAAUAGUAUUACUAAAUUAUUGUGCAUACACAGAGGCAGCUCUGCCAGUGUUGGAUUUUUCUCAAAAUGUUGCAAUAUCAGUUUCAUGAACGCUUUGUGAGAUAAAUCAUCAGCAUUUACAACAAGGAUCUGCGAAAAAAGCACGUUCUAGUUUGUCAUUUGGAGAGAUUAAAUAUUUCUGCUUUCUGGAAA